AUGGCCACUGCUCGACUUGUUAGGGUACCACGCAGGCUCUUCUCUUCCACAGUCAUGUCGGCCCAACAAUUCCGCGUGGAGCGCGACACUUUUGGUGAACUACAGGUCCCUGCUGACAGAUAUUGGGGUGCCCAAACUCAGCGUUCUCUACAAAAUUUUGACAUUGGUGGACCAACUGAGCGUCUUCCACCUCCUCUUAUCAAGGCAUUCGGCGUACUGAAGAAAGCCGCUGCAACUGUCAAUAUUGGCUACGGACUGGAUCCCAAAAUUGGCGGCGCAAUUCAGGAAGCAGCCAACGAUGUCAUUUCUGGAAGGCUCAUCGACCAUUUCCCUCUCGUCGUGUUCCAAACUGGUAGUGGGACACAAAGUAACAUGAAUGUCAACGAGGUCAUUUCAAAUCGUGCUAUCGAAAUCCUUGGGGGAGAACUAGGUUCCAAAAAGCCUGUGCAUCCAAAUGACCAUGUCAAUAUGAGCCAGAGCAGCAACGACACCUUUCCUACCGCCAUGCAUGUCGCCGCCGUCACAGAACUCAGUGUCUCUCUCAUUCCUGCUCUUACUGAACUACGGGAUGCCUUAGACGCCAAAGCACAAGAAUUCAGCCACAUUAUCAAGAUUGGACGCACUCAUCUUCAGGAUGCUACGCCCCUUACUCUCGGUCAAGAAUUCAGUGGUUACGUGCAGCAAAUUAGCAAUGGAAUAGAACGUGUCAAAGAUGUCCUUCCUCGACUUAGUUGUCUGGCCCAAGGCGGAACGGCUGUUGGGACUGGUCUGAAUACCAAGAAGGGUUUUGAUGUUAAAAUUGCCGCAGAGGUUUCUAAAAUCACUGGUUUGGAUUUCAAGACCGCGCCAAAUAAGUUUGAGGCUCUGGCUGCUCAUGAUGCACUUGUGGAAACUCACGGCGCGCUUAAUGUCGUUGCCUGCUCACUGAUGAAGAUUGGAAACGACAUUCGCUAUCUCGGCUCUGGCCCUCGUUGUGGUUUUGGAGAGAUCAGUUUACCGGAGAAUGAGCCUGGUAGCAGCAUCAUGCCCGGAAAGGUAAACCCGACACAAUGUGAAGCAAUCACUAUGGUCGCCGCCCAAGUCAUGGGCAAUCACACUACUGUUAGUGUAGCUGGUGCCAGUGGUCAAUUCGAGUUGAACGUAUUUAAACCUGUCAUCAUCAAGAAUGUGUUGCAGAGUAUCCGCUUGCUCUCUGAUGGCUCACGGUCUCUGACGAAAAACUGCAUCGUUGGCAUUGUGGCCAACGAAAAGAGGAUCAAUACGCUCCUCAACGACUCGUUGAUGCUAGCGACGAUCCUCAAUAGUCAUCUUGGCUAUGACAAUGUCGCUAAAUGUGCAAAGAAGGCGCAUAAGGAGGGCACUACUUUGAAAGAAGCGACUGUUACACUUGGCUUCCUCACGCCCGAAGAGUUCGACGCAAAAGUGCGUCCCGAACUCAUGUUAUACCCAGACGAAGAGUAA